GAGGGAGGGGAGGGGGAGGGAUGGGAGAGGGGGACGGGAGGCUGGGGGAGGGGCGGGGGCGGGGAGAGGGAGGGGCAGGGGCGAGGCAGGACCUGUGCGAGCCCAGGCCUCGCGGGGGCACUCGGUCCCAAGUCAGCAGGCUUCACCUCAGCGGCCCCUCCCCUCCCUGGCGCGGGCAGGAGCGCGGGCUGGGGGGGCCUCUCCGGGGGGCGGAGGAUCCCACUGCGGCCCCCGCCCAGGGCCCGGAAAGUUCCGGGCGGGACCGGCGCUGGUCUGAGGCGGAGCCCCUCCCGCCUCGCCCCGCCCCGCCGCUCCCCUCCCCUCCCCUCCCUGCCCUCCCAGCUCUCCCCGCCCCUCCCCUCCUUUCUCCUCUCUCCCGCGGCGUGCAGUGGCGGGACGGCGGGUCGCCGCAGCCCGCAGCCCGCAGCCCGCACCCGGCCCGCACCCGGGACCUGCGCCUCGGCCAGGCGCGAAGUCGGGCCGCGGGCGCCGGAGCCGAGCGGGAGCGCACCAUGGAGCUCGGGGCCCGGAGGGCGCUGGCGCCGCUGCUGCUGCUGCUGGGGGCUCUCCUGCCCGCCGGCGGCCACGCGGAGCCCCGGGCGCACGCCGAGGAGCGGCUGCUGAAGAAGCUCUUCUCUGGCUACAACAAAUGGUCACGGCCCGUGGCCAACAUCUCGGACGUGGUCCUGGUGCACUUCGGCCUGUCCAUCGCACAGCUCAUUGACGUGAGGGACCAGCCUGGGCCGCCACCUGCCCACAGCUGCCGCCUCAGCUGCCUGUGAGCUGCCGGCCAGGGCACAGGGCGACUGAGUCCUCACUGGAGAAGCCGGGUACUGCACUUGCCCCGGGGGAAGCCGGGCACAGGGGUGUGGAGAGGCGGGCACAGGCUGGCAAGGGCAGCAGGACGAGAAGAACCAGAUGAUGACCACCAAUGUGUGGGUGAAGCAGGAGUGGCGUGACUACAAGCUGCGCUGGGACCCCACUGACUACGAGAACGUCACCUCCAUCCGUGUCCCCUCGGAGCUCAUCUGGCGUCCAGACAUCGUCCUGUACAACAACGCGGACGGGGACUUCACGGUCACCCACCUCACCAAGGCGCACCUGUUCCACGACGGGCGUGUGCAGUGGACGCCGCCGGCCAUCUACAAGAGCUCCUGCAGCAUCGACGUCACCUUCUUCCCCUUCGACCAGCAGAACUGCACCAUGAAGUUCGGCUCCUGGACCUACGACAAGGCCAAGAUCGACCUGGUGAGCAUGCACAGCCGCGUGGACCAGCUGGACUUCUGGGAGAGCGGCGAGUGGGUAAUCGUGGACGCCCGGGGCACCUACAACACGCGCAAGUACGAGUGCUGCGCCGAGGUGUACCCCGACAUCACCUACGCCUUCAUCAUCCGCCGCCUGCCACUCUUCUACACCAUCAACCUCAUCCUGCCCUGCCUGCUCAUCUCCUGCCUCACCGUGCUGGUCUUCUACCUGCCGUCGCAGUGCGGCGAGAAGGUCACGCUCUGCAUCUCCGUGCUGCUCUCGCUCACCGUCUUCUUGCUGCUCAUCACCGAGAUCAUCCCGUCCACGUCGCUUGUCAUCCCGCUCAUCGGCGAGUACCUGCUCUUCACCAUGGUCUUCGUCACACUCUCCAUCGUCAUCACCGUCUUCGUGCUCAACGUGCACCACCGCUCCCCGCACACGCACGCCAUGCCCGCCUGGGCCCGCCGCGCCUUCCUUGACGUGCUCCCACGCCUGCUCUUCAUGCAGCGGCCGUCUGUGGUCAAGGACAGCUGCCAGCGGCUCAUCGAGUCCAUGCACAAGCUGCCCAGUGGCCCCCGCUUCUGGCCCGAGCCCGAGGGGGAGCCCCACUUUGGGAGCCGGGUUCCAACUCCCUCCCAGUCCUCUGACGACCUCCCGGACACACCGGUCAAGCCCCCGCCCUCCAGCCCGGUGGCCUCAGAGCAGGCCUCUGCUCCGCCACCCAAGGAGGUCCUGAGUGGCAGCCCAGGGCCCAGUGGUCCCCCUGCUGGCAGGGGCCUGACCAGAACCUGGUCCCUCAGCACCCAGCACGUGUCCCGUCCCGGUGAAGGCAUGGGGGGUAGUGUCCGCUGCCGCUCCCGUAGUGUCCACUGCUGUGCGCCCCAAGAUGGACAGUCCCAGGCCGCGGGCCCUGCCACCAGCUCCCCAGCCCACCUCCUGCCCCCGGCCCUGCCCCGUGUGUGCACCUGCCGGAAGGAGCUGCCUGCACCCCCAGAUACGACGUUCUGGGGCCAGACCCCGCCGCUUUCGCCGGCCCUGAUGCGCGCAGUGGAGGGCGUGCGGUAUGUUGCCGACCACCUGAAGGCUGAAGACGCCGACUUCUCGGUGAAGGAGGACUGGAAGUACGUGGCCAUGGUCAUCGACCGCAUCUUCCUCUGGCUGUUCGUGCUCGUCUGCCUGCUGGGCACCGUGGGCCUCUUCCUGCCGCCCUGGCUGGCGGGCAUGAUCUAGUCGUGGCUGAGCCUGUGGGACACAGCAGCCACGGGGCGGGCGGGUCAAAGCCCUGCCACUGGGGUACCUGCAUGGCCCAGCAGCACCCCCUUCUGUGUCCCUGUCGAGAAUGGGAGGGGCUGGGAGCUGUCUGUCCCGCGUCUGAUUAAAGUUCCUUGGGGCACAGA